CGCAACCCAAUCUAGCAAUCCUUCCCCCUCUCUCGCUCGCUCGGCCCUUCGCCGGUCGCCGCCUCCUUUCCGUCCGACCGCGACCGCCCCAUCCCUCAUUUCCCUCCGCCUCCGCGCCCCCAAUCCUCCGCCGCCACCGUUGGCCUCUCCAGUUUUGGCUCUAAGCUAUUCUGAGAUUCAAGAAGUACGGAAACAUGAGCUACUUCCAAGCUACAAUGCACAAACCUCAUGGUAUGCUCACUGCAUACAGGCCAGUAGCUGGUCUUGGAAGGACCCACGAGCUGCUUGGUCGACACACUCUGUGCCCACAUUCUACAAGAUCUUGCAAACUGCAACAGCAACUGUAUCCAAGGCUUGUUCUUGUUUCUGCUUGCCAUAAAAGGCUUGGUCCUGUAUAUGCCUCGAGUGGAAAAGAGAACCCUGUCAAUGACCCUUUCUCAAUGGAAUCUUUGAAUAAAGCUAUGGCUCAAGCAAAAAGACCAAGGUCCCUGCAAGACUUGCUGAGCGAGCGGAUGGCUAAGAUUCGAGGACAAGGAUCUGGUGGAAAUGGAGGAAACAAAAACCGAUAUGGAGGUAGCGGUGGUGGUUCUGAUGGCCCAGAGGAUGAAUCUUUCAAGGAUUCAUUAUAUGAGAUGAUCCAGAUUUUGAUAGCAACUAUUGCCUUCAUACUUGUGUAUGUCCACAUAAUAAGAGGGGAGGAGUUGUACCGCCUUGCUAGGGACUACACCAGGUAUCUAGUCACCGGUAAGAGGACAGCUCGUCUGAAACGUGCCAUGCUGAACUGGCGUGAUUUCUCCGAGCGCAUCACCAAGAAGGAUAGCGCACAAGAAGAGGACUACUAUGGAAGAUCAGUCUCUUCUGAAUCCGCAUGGUGGCAGCAGCCCAAACAGCUUGCUCGUCGUUUGGAGGAGCUCUGCAGAGGCUACUUGCGCCCUCACGCCCAGGAGUCGUAGCUCUGGUGCCACACUGUUUUGUCGGCCUCUGAAUUUUCUCAUUGUGGUGUUGUAUAGGUGAGUACUAGCUGCUUGAGACUUGAAUGGCGGUGGAGGGUAGCUUCGACGAGCUGCUCCAGUUGGUCGUUCUUGGCUACUGUUGACUGUUGUGGGAUACACUCGCUGUCCCGAGGUCAGUGUUGUAGCCUGUUAGGUUCGGAACGGAAAGCAUGGGGGAGUUCCUGUUCAGUUUUUGCAGCGCUAGUACUUUCCGAGACCCGGCUGCUGCGAUGGUCUGCCGGUCAAUGAUACGCUGGUGGCAAACUUGAAUGCUCCAUCUGACGGAUCAUAACUGCACAAGCGCCAAAUGAUGGCGUCUCGUAA